CGGGUAAGUGUGAAGUGCAGUGCUCUCUCUUGUUUAUUUACAAGGUCGUUUGCCUCAUUCUCUUUAAACCUAGCUUUUCAAGCGUUUACCUGUGCGAUCGCUGUUUGCUGUUGAAUACAUAUUAUAAAGGAAUCAGACGUGAGCAAUGCUGCUUCUGAAAUGCAGGCUGAGGCUGCAGGGACUGCAUUUAGUUAUGCAUCAGACAAUUCCCUGAGGAGAGCGAAGAUGGUAGAGAAACAGGAUGUGGAAAAAGGGGGAGGAAUCGUUGCAUGUAAAGAGAAUCGUCAUCCGGGUGUUUGAUCUAGCGGUCAUGGUGUAAAGUGCGUGUAAUGUCAUAAAGUGCUGUGUCAAGGCGUUUAAGGUUGAAGUAGCGAACCUUUCUACUGUGCCCUUGUUCUCGCUGGAGUGGUUUGUGUCAACAGACGUAGCUGCAUCGACUAUUCUACCGAAGUGAUGAGCAUUUGUAGUCAUUGUUAGAAAAAUGGCCUGAAUGACAAAGUUAUUGGUGGGUGCAUGAGGAAGCGUCCCCUGAGAAAGCUACUGGAAGUUUAUGCAGAUAUUUUUUGCUCAGUUUCUGCGAGAUCAGUUUAGUAAGAGGAUCGCGUGUGUAUGGCAUCCAAGAACCAACUCCACACAUUCCCACUGACAAGGGCAAAGUGUGAUGGCCGGCCUCCCUGUCAUUAAAUGUACCCGUCUCUUGCUGCAGAAGCAAGGGCCUCAGGGAUGGUGCAGCCACACCACAGGCGACAUAGUGUGUCAUAAGUUUGAUGACUGUCACUGUCUGAAUUCAUUGUCGUGUGGAGAAACGAUAGGUGGCUGUUUGUUCAAGAGCAAUGUCAAUCAAGAAACCACCACUGAUGCUGUGAUAUCAAUCAUUCCCACUAGAAUUUAUUUUAAUUUAUGUCAUCAUGUUUCAUGUGUGGUUGUAAAGCACGGGAAAAGAAAACCUAUUCUUAGAUACUAUGUAAUAACAAAAGUUGUUUAAGGACAGGAAGAAUUUAUGCAAAGGUGUACAAUUUAUUGUGCCUCAAUCCAUGUAACCAAAAUUUAUAAAUGUUGUUGUUGUUAUAUUGCUGAAUGCAAUCAGUCACAUGUGAUAAAUAUAUUUUAGUAUAAGUGUAUAAAGUGAGCAUGUCAUCUGCAAUACAAGUAAAACAAAAUCCCCCAGCUUGCUCACAACUCCUCUUAAGUUGUCCAGAGGGAGGGACAAAUGAGGGUCAUGAUUACUCUGCAGACUCAGGUGUUAGUGAGCAGGAUGGUGAACCUCCAUCACCAUUUACAGAGGUUUACCCUCUGCUUACUGAAACACCAGGUGUUCUAAAGGAGGAGGAUAAUACCCAUGGAGGGCAUAUUGCUGAUAUUGUCCGACAAGUUCCAAUUGAUAUUGGCCAGAGUGGAAGCAGUAAUGGCCAUAACCAACUAGAAAAAUGUUGCCCUCAAGAAGAAUUACUGAGUGAGCUUAGAGAAGUGGUGAGAGAAGUGCCAAAUGAGUGUGAUAUGAAAACAUACAGUGGUGGGCAAACACAAAGAAAAAACAGUUUGUCAUACAAUAGUCAUAAAUCCCAAGACAGUAGUAUCUGCAAUACAAAUCAGGUCAGAGCCAGUGAUGAUGAUAAAUCAAGCAAAAGAGAUAGUGUAAUGAUUGACAUGAGUACACAAACAAGCCCUAGUCAAGAGGCAAUGACAGCUUUGAACAAAAGUAGUAAAACAGACAGAAGAUUCGAGGAGAAAGGGCAUUGUGUUUGUAAAUGUGAAAGUAAGGGUGAUAUUCCUUGUAAUUACUGUAAGUUGCAGUCUUCCUGUGAUGAUUCAAAAAUUAGUGUUGUGAAAAGUAUUAUUUCUCAUGAAAAUAUAGUAUGCAGCCUGGAGACCAGUGACAGUAAGCAAGUAAAAGACAAAGCUGAUGGUCCCAAUAUGAGACAAAAACGUACCUCUGACUACUCAUCACUUUCUUCUUGUGAUUCCCCGAGGGUUAGUGAUUCAAGCAACAGAACUAGUGAUUCUGGUAAUAGCCCUAGUAGUAGCAGCAGCAGCAGUUGUAGUACAGCAAGUGGUCAGAGCAAACGACUUAAAAACUCAGCAUUUAAUAAAAAAGUUACUGCAUUCCCAGGUGGUCUGAGCCCAAUUGCAUCAUGUGGAGGAGAAUCAAAUUCUGGUCUCACAGUGGAUGUUUGUUUAGUGCCCGAAGAUAUUUCAAAGGAAAGUGGGGGCCGUAGUCCCUGUACACCAACCAGUGGCUGCUUAAAAGCUGGUACAAGAAGUGCUAGUGGUGCACAUGUCCAGUUUGAAACUCCAUGUGACGACAGUGAGGAAAGCCAUAUGCUUCAAGACACACUUGUGACAUCUGAUGGACGUGUGUCAUUGCAUAAACCUGCAGGAGGAAGUGCCACACCUACGCCAACAGAUCACUUGUCUAGAUUUUGGUCAAAACUAGUCUCAGAUUCUUCUCCAGCUGAAGCAGUGAGCUCCAGUCUCCAUCGAUCUAAGAAAUACAGGAAAAGGCAUAUAUCAGGUUCCAGUAGCAUAAGUGUGGGUUCAAGUUCCAGUGAUUCUGGUGAAUCACAUCCAACAGAAUUUGAGAGAAAGGCACCAGAUGGAGGUUGGGGGUGGGUAAUUGUGGCUGCCUCAUUCAUGGUACACUGUAUAGCUGAUGGGGUCACAAUGUCUUUUGGUGUUCUUUUUGUUGAACUGUUAAAUUAUUUUAGUGUAGGAAAAUCUUUAACAUCAUGGGUAGGAAGCCUUUUCAUGGCAAUUCCUCUGCUAGCUGGACCACUUGCCUCCAUCCUCACUGACCGCUAUGGCUGUCGUACUGUUACAAUCUGUGGUGCUGUAGUUGCCUGUUUUGGAUUCUUCGUCAGUGCCUUUGUAAACACUUUCCCAUUGUUGCUACUGACUGUAGGUAUUGUUACAGGCCUGGGCCUAGCUGUGUGCUAUGUUGCUGCCAUUGUAAUUGUUGCUUUUUAUUUUGAACGAAAACGGUCUCUUGCAACUGGUAUUGCUGUUGCAGGAUCUGGAAUUGGAACAUUUUUAUUUGCUCCUUUGAUUCAGUAUCUGGUAGAUUACUGGGGGUGGAGGUUAUGCCUAAUUAUAUUGGCUGGAAUAUUUCUUAAUAUGGUGGUGUGUGGAGCUCUAAUGCAUGACUUGGAGUGGACUCCUAAGUAUUCCUCUAAUGCACGAGAUAGUAAUACUGCCGCCAGUAGUCGUCGUAGCUCAACAUCACAAUCCUCUGAAACUGGUGGGGGAAAAGGAGGAAGUGUGGGUACAACUCUUCCUUCUUUGGAUGAGCUCCGACGUCUUGUUCAAUCAGGAGAAAUUAUGAUAUCUCCUGAUGACUCUCCAAAUGAAAAGCUAAGAAACUCUGCAUCACUGGUGCUACUCCCGACUUUUCUCAGCCGCUCACAGGUCUUACCUCCUGAUGUUCUGCCAUGCUUAUCAUCACGCACUAAUGCCUAUGAAGUGGUGUCACAUAUGUAUCCUCACCUACUCUCUCAUUCAAUGUCAGGUAUUGUCAAUCAAGCUACAGAGCAAAUACAGGUCCCAACUGAAAAACAACAGCAUGAAAAAUGCACUGAUGAAAACCUGUCUAGAUUCAAGAGCACACUAACAGACAGCAUAGUCUCUUCAACAGGCUUGCUAAUAGAGAACAGUAUCACGUCUCCGAAUUCUCCCCAACAACCACCACCAACUGAAAAUUUAUGUGACACUGAAACUACAACUCCAGGAUCAACACAGGGAGACAUAUCUUUACUCAAUGAAGAUCAUAGAAGAAAGGUUGACAUUGAACUUGGAUGUUCAGGUGAUGAUGGGGAUGAUGCAGAUAAUGAAGAAGAGAUGGAAGAAGCUAGAGAGCUAACUGCCAUGCUAAGUAGGAAUAAGGGGCCUCGUCAACCAGGCCAGCGUAGAAUCUCUACAGGUUGCAUGGGAAGCUCUCCUCCGCCCCCAGCAGCUCCACUCCGAAACAUGAGAAUCAACAGGCAGUCUAUGAUGUACCGAGGUGCUAUGCUCAAUAUUAAUCGUUAUCGUCUUCGUGCUUCGUCUUGCCCGGAUAUAUAUCGAAACUCAAUCAUUACCAUUGCCAAGUCUGAAGAUGAGAAUAUGUGGACAUAUUUGGAUGACAUGGGCGAGAUGAUAACAUCCUGCGUGGACUACAGUUACUGUUUAGAUCCGGGAUACCUAGUUUUUGCUAUUUCCAACUUCAUUUUAUAUGUCUUUUAUGACACUGUUUACAUGUACCUGACCGAUUAUGCGCAGGGUGUUGGUGUAUCUGCUGAUGACAGUGCCAACCUCAUAUCUGUCAUUGGAAUACUCAACUGUUUUGGGAUGGUGGUCAUGGGAUACGUUGGGGACAGGCCGUGGUCAUCUCCUAUGCUAAUAUAUAAUAUUUCUAUGAUUUUGUGUGGGGUAUCAGUCAUAAUGAUGCCAUUUCUGACAAACUACUGGUUGAUAGCUGCUGCUUCAGCUGUCUUUGGUUUAUUCAUAUCGGCCAACUAUGCUCUCACAUCUGUAAUCCUAGUUGAACUGAUUACCUUGGAAGCAUUCAGCAAAGCAUAUGGGUUACUACUACUGAUUCAGGGUAUAGCCAACCUCAUUGGUCCACCUCUUGUAGGUUUGAUUGCUGACACAACUGGUGAUUACAUAGUGCCAUUUGUUGUGUCGGGGAUGUUCAUCAUCUUUUGCGGGGUUAUAUUAAAUCUCAUUCCCCUGAUCCAUUGCUGUCAGGGCAAGUAUGCUGCCUCAGUCUGUUCAACUCCAGUUGAUACCCCCAAAAAUGGAUCGCCUACUUCAUCACCAAAUCAUACUUACAGUAACAAGAAACCAACACCCAUAUGACAGCGGUCUCAAUGUUAAGAUAAACAUAAUUCUUGAAGACAUUGCUGUAGCCAUUUGUAUUCUUUCUUUUAUAUUUGGUUAUAUUGUAAUCAGGAGGAAAAGUUGAUUUUUCUUUGAGUUUUGUUAGGAUUAGGUCUUACUGGAUAGUACGGUUUAUCUUCUGGUUCUUAUGUUGAAGAUUCUGAAGGUAUGUAGUUGCCUAAACUUUUGUAUAACUUCACUACAUUAGCUGAUAAUUAUAGCAUCUGUUAUGUGAUCCUCUGCAAAGUAAUACAGACAAAUUAUGAUUUAAUAGCCAAUAGUAACUCAUCUACUUUAUCCAUUCCUCAACAAAAUUGUGAUUAUUGGCUCUAUAGAAACUACAUUUGAGUCAUAACCUUUAAUUUUAAUUCGAUUUAUGUAGAACUUUCCAGACUAAAUUAUCGGUUAAUUUUAACCUGUGCAGCUAAAUAAAAGAAAGAAAGAAUGUUGCAAUAUUUUUGGGCUCUCAGCAAAUUUUGACGUUAUUUUUCAUGUAAAGAGUGUAUCAAGAGGAAACCUCAUGAUAAUAGUAUAACCCCAAGGAAAACUCAGUGUAUAAUUUAUUCACAUUUUGCAAGAAGUGCAAUUUAUCUUUCAAAGAUUCUAAUAUGUCACUAAAUAUAUUGAGUGUUAAAAAGAUAUAUUUAAGUGUAACACAGCUGAUAAAUUACAUUCCCUGACUUUUCAAUUAAUACUUUUGAAUUUUAGGAAAUGAGGUACAAUUUAAGGAUUUUGAUUUCUUAUAAAUAUGACUUUUAAGACAUUGUGUCAUGGCUUCAGAGAUGUUUGGAAUGUCUCCCUUAUGGUAUGCAAGCAACAAAUGUUGUAGAUUCUCGGUAAUGUCAUUAUAACUAUUAUUUUUAGGAAUCACAUUUGUCUAAUAUAGUUUACUGCUUUAUUGUGCAAAAGUGAAAAGAUUGGCAGGAUUUAUAUUUGCUUAUGACA